CCGGCGCACGUAACAGAGCGAAACACGUUGGACGCCGCGGCGCACGUUCACACAAAUACCGGUUUUGCGAAUACUCUGGGGAUGGUUUAAUUUGAGAGCCCCUCUUGUUAGCUCGGACCCACAAAUCCAACAAAGAAACUUAGGAUGUGGAGAGGGCCGGUGUCUCAGUGUUUUCCUCGUGUCACCGACUUGCAUUUGACAGCUGCGCUGAGCAACGCAAGUUGAGACGCGCGACUCUCCUUCGACAGGUCUUUCCUUUCCUGCAGUAAGCGGGAGAACCAACCUCCUCCCCCCCUCUGCCCCCAUCUGCAAGGAUGUUUUUUGAAGGUUUUGAACUGGUUUCGGCUCUGGCUGCCUGCUUGGUCUCCGUGGCGCUGCUCUUCGCUGUGUCCAGACAGCUCUGGCAAAUCCGCUGGGCGGUGACACGGGACAGGAGUUCCAAUCUACCGAUCCCCAAGGGUUCCAUGGGAUUACCUGUCAUCGGAGAAACAUUUCACUGGUUGGUGGAGGGCUCGAGCUUCCAUGCAUCGAGGCGCGAGAAGUACGGCAAUGUCUUCAAGACGCACCUCCUGGGCCGCCCGCUGAUCCGGGUUACGGGCUCCGAGAACGUCAGGAAGAUCCUGAUGGGCGAGCAUUCGCUGGUGAGCAGCCAGUGGCCUCGGAGUACCAGGAUGCUACUGGGGUCCACCAGCCUCAUCAACUCCAUUGGUGACAUCCAUCGCCACAAGAGGAAGAUCUUCGCCAAAGUGUUCAGCCAUGAGGCUCUGGAGUGCUACCUUCCAAAGAUCCAACAAGCGAUCCAGGAUGGGAUUAGGGACUGGAGCAGCAGUGGAGAACCCAUCACUGUCUACCAGCAGGCCAAGAAGCUAACCUUCCGCAUUGCGGUCCGCGUCCUGCUGGGUUUCCGUGUCUCCGAGGGGGAUCUCAAUCUCCUGUCAGAGAGCUUCGAACAGCUCAUCGCCAACCUCUUCUCCUUACCGCUUGACUUCCCCUUCAGCGGCUAUAGGAAGGGAAUGCGAGCUCGGGACAACCUCCACAAGUACCUGGAAAAAGCCAUCAGCGAGAAACUGCAGAGCAAACAAGAUAAGGAUUAUUCCGAUGCCUUGGACAUUCUGAUCGACAGUGCCAGGGAGCAAGGCAAAGAGCUCACCAUGCAGGAGCUGAAGGAGUCGACGGUGGAGUUGAUCUUUGCCGCAUUUGCCACCACCUCCAGCGCCAGUACGUCGCUCAUCCUGCAGCUGCUGCAGCACCCCGCCGUGCUGGAGAAACUGCGCCAGGAACUGAGGAACAACGACAUUCUCCACAACGGCUGCAAGUGUGAGGACCGGCCCCGCCUGGCCACGGUAACCCGGCUCCGCUACCUGGACUGCGUCAUCAAGGAGGUGUUACGCCUGCUGCCCCCCGUCUCGGGAGGGUACCGCACCGCCCUGCAGACCUUCGAGCUUGACGGCUGCCAAAUUCCCAAAGGGUGGAGUGUCCUCUACAGCAUCAGGGACACGCACGACACGGCCCCUGUCUUCCAGAACGUUGGCGUCUUCGACCCAGACCGAUUCGGGGAAGAUCGGUAUGAAGACAAGAGUGUUCGCUUCAGUUACAUCCCGUUUGGAGGAGGCAUCCGUAGUUGCCUGGGCAAGGAGCUGGCUAAGCUCAUCCUGAAGGUGCUGGCGAUGGAGCUGGCCAGUACCAGCCGCUUCGAGCUGGCUACCAGGACGUUCCCUCGCAUGCUGACAGUCCCUGUGGUCCAUCCCAUGGAUGGCUUGAAAGUAAAGUUCUAUGGACUCGAUUCCAACCAGAACGAAAUAGACGCAGAGUCAGAGUCUCUGUUGGGCUCCACUGUGUAGCCAACAGCCCUCAACCCGAACCAAGCAAAAAUACAAGCAAAUCCGAGUUGUUUCGAAAAACCUCUCCUACGAACUAACAAACAAAAUAAACCAAUCUCAGAACUUUGGGAAAGCCGCCUUCUGAAUUCUCAUUAAGUAUCGGGUACAGGGGACACUUCUGGAUUAAGCACAUUCAAAGGGGAGAGUUCUUGGAAAAGAAUUAGGUUCCUGGACAAUUAAGAGGGAUGAGAGGCAGGAAGCGUGAGAGACGUGUCGGACCUUCUUCGGAGAGAGGAGCUGGCAGAACGAUGGUGAUGGCGAUAAUUCUUUGUGAUCAAGAGACAAUUCUUUAAAAAAAACACAUAUAUAUCCUGCAUUCCUACUUAAAGUAUAUAUGUAUAAACCUGCUCUGAGUACCAUUGUAGGUAUGUAACUUGAUUAGAGACUGCAACCACGUUGCAGCCCAGUGCACUUUGAAUGUAGUUGUGAUUACUGAUGUCGGUUAUAUUCAGUGUAAACGUAGAAACCAUAACAAACUGGUUUGAAUUUUUACUAUUCCUAUCUUUAAUCUAUAUAUGGAUUAUUUGUUGUUGUGUGUUUUUUAUUUUAAGAUUGCAAUUAAUUAGACAAAUAGUGUAAAAAGAAAAUAUUUUUUUCUGUUGGUAAAUAUUGUUUUAGUAAAAA